GAAUGACUACACUGCUGUUCCGCCAUUACAGCUGAAAACGCGUCAAUCUGGCAACCCGGAAGAAUAAACCGCGUCGCCGCGCUGUGUCUCUGCGGCUCGAGGGCGCGCGCGUUCGGCUCGCUGAUAUUACCGUCACUACGACACGGACCCGGGAGAGGAGGGAAACGAGCGCGCGGUAUAUACACAGAUACACACACACAUAUACACACACACACACACAUAUACACCCGUUAACGCGCUCAGGGUCGGGGGCAGCGCGCGCGCGUAUGGGGUGUCGGACACGGAGCGCGCCGCGUUGAUCCACGGGAUUGAAGCUCCGCCGCCGCCGCCGCCGCCGCGAGGAUGGAGCACAUCAGGACACCGAAGGUGGAGAACGUGCGUAUGAUUGACAGGUUGAUUCCCCGGAAGUCCACCGUGGGAACGCUGUACGUGUCCUCCACACACACCAUCUUCGUGGAGAACUCGGACGCACGCAAAGAGACGUGGCUCCUGCACAGUCUAAUCAGCAGUGUCGAUCGCCCCGCGGCCAUGCCCACAGGAAAUCCCCUCCUCCUGCGCUGUAAGAACUUCCAGGUGUUUCGGUUCCUCUUCCCGCUAGAGAGAGAGUGUGUGGACAUCCAUGAGUCGCUCACACACCUGUCCCGUCCAGAGCGUUACGGAGAGCUCUUCUGCUUCUCUUACUUGCCCAGCGUGGUUAAAGAGGAGAGAGAGAAGGCCUGGAGUUUCCUGGAUCUGCGUGCGGAGUUUAGCCGGAUGGGAAUUCCCAGCAACCUCUGGCACAUCACUCCGGCCAACCACGAGUACAGAGUGUGUGACACGUACCCCUCGGAGCUGUUCGUGCCGAAGUCAGCGUCUCCCGCCGUUAUCGUGGGCAGCGCCAAAUUCAGGAGCCGAGGGCGACUUCCUGUUCUCUCCUACUUCCACAGAGACACCGGCGCCGCAGUGUGUCGCAGCAGUCAGCCUCUCUCCGGUUUCAGCACUCGUUCUCCAGAAGAUGAACAGAUGCUGCAGGCCAUCAUGAAGUCCAACCCCACCAGCGAGUACAUGUACGUGGUGGACACACGGCCGAAGCUGAAUGCGAUGGCCAAUCGGGCGGCUGGAAAAGGCUAUGAGAACGAGGACCACUACAUGAACAUCAGGCUGCAGUUCAUCGGCAUCGAGAACAUCCACGUGAUGAGGAGCAGCCAGCAGAAACUCAUCGAAGUCGGGGAUCUCAGGUCUCCGUCGAUGGGCGACUUCCUGUGGGGGCUGGAGAAUUCCGGUUGGCUCAAACACAUUAAAGCAGUGCUGGAUGCCGGGGUCUUCAUCGCCAAGGCUGUAGCAGAGGAAGGGGUGAGUGUGUUGGUUCACUGCUCUGAUGGAUGGGAUCGUACGGCUCAGGCCUGCUCCGUGGCCAGUGUGCUCCUAGACUCGUACUACAGAACCGUUAAAGGAUUUAUGGUGCUGAUAGAGAAAGACUGGGUAUCGUUUGGACACAAGUUCUCACACAGGUACGCUCACCUGGACGGAGACCCUAAAGAGGUGUCCCCUGUGAUGGACCAGUUCCUGGAGUGUGUGUGGCAGCUGAUGGAGCAGUUCCCCUGCGCCUUCGAGUUUAACGAGCGCUUCCUCCUGCAGCUGCACACACACGUCCACUCCUGCCAGUACGGCAACUUCAUCGGCAACAGCCAGAGAGAGCGCCGGGACCUGAGGAUACGAGAGCGGACUCACUCGCUGUGGCCGUGUCUUUGGGAGAACAGAUCCGAGUUCAUAAACCCUCUGUACAGAUCAGACCACAGUCAGACUCAGGGCGUGCUGAGACCCCUGACCACGCCCUACUGCUUCAAAUUCUGGAAAGGCAUGUACAGUUCUGCGGAAAGGGGCAGGGCCUCGCAUCAGUCACCUUCUGAUUGGCUGACCGCCGUGAAGGAGGAGUCACAGCAGCUGGAGGAGGAGCUUAACACGCACCAGGAGAGACUCGCUCAGCUGGUAGAGAGCAAAACGAGAAAGGUGAAGAAGAACGGAGCGAAUGAACAUUCGUAUCAGAUGCUGCUGAAAGAAAACGACAUCAGCAACCCUCAGGAUUACGUCACCUGCAUAAACCCUGGGACAGAAAGCCACGCCCCCUCCUUCACACUACCACUGAAGUCACCGACGACCCCCAAGACCACCGACGCUGACGAUCUCUCAGUCUGCAGCGACCUCGAGUCAGGCGUCGCCGACCUCAGCAGCCACGCCUCCAGCUCGUGCGACGAUGCAAAAGACCCCCAUCUGGACGAGACGGCUUAUGUGAGCGCCUGACUGAAAAAAAAAAAAACGCAAACAGGAUAAUUGUAUAGCUGAUAACUGGACCGUCACCGGACACAUCGUGUUUAUUUCAUUUAUUUGGAGCAAAAAUAGUAUUUAAUUUAUUUAUGCUAUUUUAAAAUGAUUCACGUUUUAUGAUUGUAAAUAUUUAUGAGCACAAACACUUACUGAGUGACUGAUUUUAGACCAGACUAACCAUCAAAACCAUCACAAACCAUCAAAAACCAUCACAAACCAUCAAAAACCAUCACAAACCAUCAAAACCAUCACAAACCAUUAAAACCAUCACAAACCAUCAAAACCAUCGUUUAAGCCGGCUGUAGUUCAAUUUACACACAGUUCUGUGCAAAAGUCUUAGUCACAUGUAAAGAAACACUGUAGAGUAAAGACGCCUUCAAAAAUAAUGAAACUAAAUGUUACUGCAUUAAAAAAAAAUCCUAUAAAGAGCAGUAAACAGUAAUAAAUGAAACAAAGUCAGUAUUUAAUGUGACGAUCCUUCACUUUAAAUAAAUAAAGCAGUAUCUGAGGUGCAGUGUGUGCAGUUUUAUAAGGAAAUGAGCUGGAAGUGUUACUGAGCAUCUUGCAGAAGCAGCCACAGUUCUUCUGGAGACUUUGACUGUCGACUCGCUUCUUAUUUCUGCAGCGAAACCCAGCAGCCUUCAUUCUGUUUUUAUCUGAAAAGUGUCUCUUAUGGAAUCUGCUGCUUUCUUUACUGACAUACAAACAUUUUUCUGUAACAUUUCAUUUUGUGCUGGAAAAGUAAUGUUUGGAAUCUAAAAUGUUUUCGUACUGAAUCAAUAAUGUAGAAGUCAGAAAAUAAACAUCUAUAACAAAGUUUGUACUUAAAGACUUUUGCACAGAACCGUAUCAGUUAAAGAAACUGUUUGGCGAUCAAUCAAACGUACGUAAUUUCCCAGAAUCCCACACUGCUGAAAAUAAUAAUCAGAAACCAUUAGAGAUGUCCACUGAUGUUCUGAAUGUGUUUCUGGUGGUCUGUACUGGCUGUUUGAUUGCAGGUGAAUCUGAUGUUUCUGAUUGUUCCUGAUGGAAACCAUUAAGCAGGUUCACAUUAACUUGAAUGGAAACCAACAGAAUUUCCAAAUGGAUUGUUUUUUGUUUUUUUUUUUCAGCAGGGAAAAUGCAGAUCAGCUAAGACGUGGUUGUUGACUUAGGCAUCUUAGGUUUUGCUACCAGGCUAAUGUAGCUAACAAACUCUGUGCUGACGUGGUUUCAAAAAAAAAUUUCUGUAAACAUGAAUGAAAUAUCAUUGUUUAACUUUAUAGGAGCGCGCCAUGUUGGACAACCGGAGUCAGCAAAAUGUGUUAGCUUCAGUGCUAAGCUAAAGAGCAAACACAUCUUGGGUGAUUGUCUACAUUUAGGAUAAAGGGAACAUUGUGUAAUUUAGAUUAUUUGUCAAAUUCAUGGAACAAAUCUCAAACAGUCUUUAUUUACGUUUCACACACUGAUCAAAGACCGAACGUGUUUAGUGAAGAUGUGAAUAUCAUUUUUAGGGCUUGGAGGUGUUUUAUUUUUAGCUCUUGCACUUCUACCUUGAGAUUUGAGAUCUGGUUUUACCGUGUGUGUGUGUGUGUGUGUGUGUGUGUUCUGAAACCCAUUUUACCUCAGUAAUUAAACCACAGUGUCGUGGACCAGCGCUCGUAAAUCAUCACUUCACGUUUUAGUCUGCUGUGUGUGUGAUAAGGAUGUUUAACAAGGAAACUAGUUAGACUGGAUUAACUGUUUACCUAGUAAAAAAAAUGUUUAUCCAUCAUUAGAAGUGAAAAAAGCAACAUGUGUACACUUAAAAAGUAUCAAAGGUGGUAUGUAUUGAGUUCUUUAGAUACUGAGCUCUGAACAUCUUCUGCAUUUCAUAUCUUAAUAAUAUCAGAUAAUAUUAUGUACAUAAACAUAUUCACAUAACCGCCAAAGGACACACAAACAACUUUUAUCAACUUUUAUCAAAGAUGUAAACGAGGACUGCGAGGCUACGAGUGCACAGUUUGGAAUGAGGAAUCUUUUAUAUACAUGUGUACACACUACAUUACGGUACUGUGAGACCUUUUAGGCCCGAUAAAUAUGUUAUUGUAUGUAAAACACUGUACUACAUUAGAAUAAAUUAAUAUAUACAACUUG